UUGGGCCGGUUCAAGCGUUUAAAAACUUCUCCUCUUUUAAGGCCCAAUGCCCAAACCCUAUUUCAUUCAAUUUCAUUUUAUUUCUCCUUUACCUUCUCCAUUUCCGAUUUUCUUCGCUUCAGCUGCUUUCUCCUCGGCGGACGGACGGCGGCGCCUCGGCCGCUCUUCUUUGUUCUCCUUCUUUGUGAUUUUGUCGGUUGCGUCUUCUCUUCGCCGGAAAGCUAGUCAGCUGCGUCAAUUUUUGUAAGUGAAGCAGGUGUGAAUAUCAUUUGCAGCUAUUUUGAGCUGGACGACGUGUUUCUCGGCCAUUUCCGUAAACCCUUAGGCGCGAUAUUCGAAGAAGCGAAUGGCGCUCGUCUCUGCAUUCCGUCGCAUUCUUAGCGGAUCGUCUGCGCCGGCGGUGAAUGUUAGAUCUCAUUUCGCUUCGAUUCGUUUCAAUUCUACGAAUUCUACGAUUCCGACUCUCACCUCUCCCAAGCUCUUCGUUAGCGGUCUUUCAAGGAACACAACCGACGAGAAUCUCUACAAAGCAUUUGCACCCUUCGGCAGACUUCUCGAAGCAAAAGUGAUAGUCGACAGAGGCUCCGGAAGAUCAAAGGGGUUUGGUUUUGUAACCUAUGGAUCAAUCGAAGAGGCUGAGAAAGCCCGGGAAGGUAUGAAUGCCAAGUUCCUCGAUGGUUGGGUAAUUUUUGUCGAUCCUGCUAGAAAUAGGGAAGCACAGCCUCGCCCCCCACCUCGGCAGGAAAUGCAAUCCACGGAAACUAUGGGGUUUACGACGAACAAGACUGUCGGAUGGAGCGGGCCCCCCACGUCCCGGUAUUGAUAAUUUGAUAAUAUAAAAUUUGUUAUUAUACUUAAAUUUAUAUUAUACAUUGUAGAUUGCUGGAUUCUGUUUUAGCUUGUGGAGAACAUUACAAACAAAGACCAAGAGAUUUUGUUCUAAAUCUUCCCUCAGGUACUAACUGAAAUGGUUUAAAUUCUGGUUUGUCUCUUUUUA